GGUGGGGGGGUUGCUGAGCUCCGGGAGUACUCCCCUCGCCCCCCUGGUUGGGGAGGGGAUUCUGGGGGGGCUGAGCUGCGGCCACUCCCACCUCCUCCCUCACUCACCCAGGCUCCCCGACCGCGGGCCUUGCACGCGCUCCACCCCCCCCAACACCCUGGGGCGCCCGAGGGAGGGCCUGCGCGCUCUCGCCAAGGGUUAACGUCCCGGAUCGCACGAGGGGGAGGAGAUUCCCUGCAGACGAGUCAAAAGGGUGAUGGCCGGCGGCGGGCGGCGCGGCGGAGGACCGGGGGCGCGCGGGGAGCGCAGACUCAGACAACCGACCGGCCUCACGUCGCUGGCGACUCCAGAGCACACGGGCCCCAAUGAACAUGUCAGUGUUGACUCUCCAAGAAUAUGAAUUCGAGAAGCAGUUCAACGGGAACGAAGCCAUCCAAUGGAUGCAGGAAAACUGGAAGAAAUCGUUCCUGUUUUCUGCUCUAUACGCUGCCUUCAUCUUUGGCGGCCGACACCUGAUGAACAAACGAGCCAAGUUUGAACUGAGGAAGCCUUUAGUGCUCUGGUCAUUGACCCUUGCAGUCUUCAGUAUAUUCGGUGCUCUUCGAACUGGUGCUUAUAUGGUGUACAUUUUGAUGACCAAAGGCCUGAAGCAGUCCGUUUGUGACCAGAGUUUCUACAAUGGACCCAUCAGCAAAUUCUGGGCAUAUGCAUUUGUACUAAGCAAAGCACCUGAACUAGGAGAUACAAUCUUCAUCAUUCUGAGGAAGCAGAAGCUGAUCUUUCUGCACUGGUACCACCACAUCACUGUGCUCCUGUACUCCUGGUACUCCUACAAGGACAUGGUGGCUGGGGGCGGUUGGUUCAUGACCAUGAACUACAGCGUGCACGCCGUCAUGUACUCUUACUAUGCCUUGCGAGCGGCAGGUUUCCGUGUCUCCCGGAAGUUCGCCAUGUUGAUCACCUUGUCGCAGAUCUCCCAGAUGCUGAUGGGCUGUAUCGUUAACUACCUGGUCUUCUACUGGAUGCAGCAAGACCAGUGCUACUCUCACUUUCAGAACAUCUUCUGGUCCUCCCUCAUGUACCUCAGCUACCUUGUACUCUUUUGCCACUUCUUCUUCGAGGCUUACAUCGGCAAGACGAGGAAAGCCACGAAGGCAGACUAGCCUUGGGAACCAAGGAGGAAGCCGUAGCUCAGGGUCAUCAAGAAAAAAACAAUAGACAAAAGAAAAUGGCACAAGGAAUCACAUAUGGUGCAGCUAAAACAAAACAUAGGAGCAAACACAAAAACACAAGGCAGCUUAGGGAUAAUUAGGUUUGACUUAACCCAGUAAGUUUAUGAUCCUAUUUUGGUGAGGACUCACUGAGUACACCUCCAAUCUUAAAAGUCUGCUGCCGGAAGACCCCCUUCCCUUUUGAUCUGUCAACUCUAGGACAAAGAAAAGAAAAAAAAAAAACACCAGGAGUGAGGCAGAGGUACAGAGAGAGAACCACUGAAAGGCAAACAAAAGUUAUUAACACUAUGCGGGAAGAGAAGUACUGUUAGAUUUCUCUAAGAAUCCAAGAAAUUUACUUACACACGCACACACACUCCUUUCUAAUCUUUUUCGACACUAAGCUGGAACCUAUUUAAACGACAGAAGAAUUAAACACAGGGUAUAUAGGACAAGAAUGCUUUGCAAAGGUUGAAGCCUAUUUAAGAAAGGUUAGUAGCUGUAAUGCUCAUGAGAAGAGACGUCUUAGCGCCUUUUUGGAAUAUGGAGGUGAACACACUUCUGUUUCAGCUGAGAGAAGGCCUGUUUUCCCUUCACUGCACAGCCCCAGGCUACUGAGUUUGCCAAAUCCAGGCGAGACACUGUAUAAGCUUCUUCCCAAACUUCCCUGCAAUGUCUACUCUUUAAAGUAAGUAGCAAUGCAGUAUUCUUCCUUGGGACGCUUGCCCUGGACUUUUGAACAGAAGGGUAAAUACAUACCAGAACAAUGUCUCCCAGAUCUUUGACAGAUGGAUUCUGUACCAGUGGUAGAAAGUUUCUGCCCCAGGUUGACCUUGAACUCUGGGCUGUCCUUGAGCUGAGCCAAGGGCAAGAGGCCCCAGUAGAAUAAAGGAGCCCAAGAUCAAUGUCAUAGACAACACACCUGCCCCCUCCCUAGCCCAUUUCACACGCACUCUUAUGACUUCCCCAGUGAGACCCUGUGGUACAGUCCAUAGUUUCUAUAUUUUUGUGAAUCUCGACAAGAAUUCUGCAGGGCUCUUCCUGAUUUUGGGUGAACACUGUGUUUUCUGUAGCAUUUGCAUUUGCUCCUGGAGCAAUGUAAAGGUGUUUAAAGUGCCCUCUGCUGGUCAAGUGGAGUUACUUCAACAAACACUUCAUUGGCAAGUUGACUGGAAUAGUUGAGCCCCUACUAGACACCCCCCACACUCCCUGCCUCUUCAAAUUCUAAAUGAUACAAAACAUUUUGACCAAAUCAGAAGACACUGCUUCAAAGUCAGCUUCAGAAUUUUUUUUUGAAAAUGGACUUUAUGCUUUGGAACUCAGAAAACCGAUUUAUAUAAUGAGCCAUAUUCUUUUAAAAAGUAAAUAAAUAAAUAAAUAAAUAAAAGCUAGAUAAUAUAUUACCUGUAAUAUUUCAGUCCUUUACAAAAGCCAAAUAAAUGUGUAAACAUUCCUAGUAUAUCAAAAAUACAUAAAGUCAUUCAGUGUGAUAUUAUAGUAUUCUAACUGAUAAAAUAGCUUAACGAUUAGACAAACUAGAUGGGAAGUUAUGGGGCUACCACAUUGCUUAGAUUAUACACCCACUACCGUACAUCAUGUAUAGGCUGGCGGGGUACACUGACCUUCAGAACCCAAAUGAAUAGAAACUCAUUUUCUGGCUAGCAGGGAAAAAAAAAACAUUUAUCUUAUUUGCUUUAUCCGCACGUGUACAGAAAAGGGUGUUUUUUUUUUCAAAUUAUUUUUAUAUUAUUUUAGCUUUAAUUGUGCAGUCGUUCAUGAAAUAGAGCCGCACUGCUUCUCUGUUAGAGAUGACAAGGGCUUUCUCAGCAUCUCCUUUUAUGUGUCAAAUCUAAAAGAAUAAAGUUUUAUUCCAUUCUGUGUGAA